AGUCAGUCCGUCGAAAUCGACAGAGCUGAAUGGACUUCUCUCUCUUCAUCUUUAGAAUCUCCAACUCUUGUGAAUCAUAAUUUUUUGUGGGAAAUUUGGGGGAAGAAGUGCUUUGACGCUCUCUUCAGUAUAGUAUACAUACUUAACUUGUGGUAAAAUACAAUUUCGAAAUUAAUAUUAUUGACUUUAUUUUGUUAAUCAUUCUCUACGUAAAUUUAUCACUGUGGCAGUGUAGAUGAGUGACUGUUAAGUUCUUCUUUAAGAUAAUCUCUCUGAGACUGUGGAUUAAUACACUCUGGAAGAAUAAUCUCAAACGAAAUUUAUAAUAUUGAAAUUAAGAAAAGAAGAAGAAGUAAAUGUUGGCUCAAAGUGAUUUAUAGUGAUUUUUUUUUAAAAAUAAUUUUUCUGUGUUAAUUCUUUUUAUUUUAUUUCUCAUUUUGCCAUUCUCGUCAUUUUUUCUGUCUGUUAAAUAAAUAUAAUAGUUUACUCACAAGACAAUUGAAGCUGAUAAUUAAUUCACGUGUGUUGUUAUGACCAAUGCAAUGCAAACUGUAAUCAAAAAUCCCAGUUGGUGGAGGCGCCGAACUGCGUUGGAGAGGGCACUGACUUUGAUCAGUGUUGUAGCCGGGAUCGCGAUAUUGGCAUUAAUAAUUGCUCUCGUGUCUUUGGCAUUAGCAGACAGCAGACGUGAAAAUGCCAUAGAAAAAACCACCGCAGAAGCACUAGAGGGUGUACCUGGAUUGGAGAAGCACGAGCUUGAGGAUGAGCACAAGCAAUCUCCCAAUCAUGUUGGCAACAAGAAUCACGAAGAUGUUUGCCUAACACCCGGUUGCAUUCAUACAGCUUCAAAAGUUCUGGAGGCAAUGGACCCGGAAGUUGAGCCAUGCGAUGAUUUCUAUACCUUUGCCUGUGGUGCCUUCCUGAGGGACACCAACAUUCCUGAUGAGAAAGUCUCUGUAAAUACUUUCUCGACCAUUGGGGAUCGUCUGCAGGAGCAAUUACGGACACUCGUGAGUGAGGAAUCACCAGCGAAUGAGGCCAAACCAUUCCGUCUGGCGAAAGAUUUCUUCAAAGCCUGCAUGAAUAAAUCUCUCAUCGAGGAACGAGGACUCAAGCCACUCACAGAUAUUAUAGAUAAUCUGGGUGGAUGGCCUGUUGUAGUUGGGGAUGCAUGGGAUGAAAAUUCUUGGACAUGGGUGGAAGCUGUGAAGAAAUUCCGCAAAUAUGGCUACAGUGUGGACUACAUUUUGGACUUUUCCGUGGGAAUUGAUCUGAAGAAAUCCUCACAGAGAACAAUUGAUCUAGAUCAAUCAGCUCUGGGAUUGAGUCGCGAAUACCUGAUUAAGGGAUUAGAAGACAAAAUUGUUCAAGCCUAUUACAGCUAUAUGGUAGACUUGGCGGUGAUUUAUGGCGCAGACAGACCACGAGCAGAGAAGGAGUUGAAUGAUUCACUGGCAUUUGAAAUUAAAUUAGCAAAUAUAUCAUUGCCAAAUGAGAAAAGACGCAAUGCAACAACACUGUACAACCCGAUGAAGAUUGAGGAAGUACAAAAGACGUACAACUAUAUUGAUUGGUUGGAUUACAUCAAUGCCAUCCUACCAGAGAAGCUCAAGGUCACGGAAAAGGAGCAAAUAAUCAUCAGUGUUCCAACCUUCUUCAAGGACUUGGAAGAAGUUCUCAAGACAACCCCUAAGAGGACAAUUGCUAAUUAUAUGAUGUGGCGCGUAUCGGCAUUCUCUUCAUUCUUCCUUACGGAAGAAUUAAGGAAGAGGCAGCUAGUCUACAGUACGGCAAUCAGUGGGAAACAGGAACAAGAGCCACGGUGGAAGGAGUGCGUUGACAUGACUAGUGGCAGGGAAGAUGAUGACGAUGAUAUUGAGACUGGUCUCCCGAUUUCCGUGGGUGCCCUGUAUGUUCGUAAACACUUCAAGGAGGAUGCCAAGCGAACUGCUCUUGAGAUGGUCAAUGGGAUACGAUCUGAAUUCCAAAAAAUUCUCACCACUGUCCCAUGGAUGGAUGAUAAGACAAGAAAAGCUGCAAUUGCUAAGGCUCAAGCAAUGACAACACACAUUGGCUACCCGGAUGAAAUUAUGAAUAAUAGCAAGUUGGAGGAAUACUACAAGGAUCUCACCGUUGAUCCGGAAAGGUAUUUGGAAUCGGUGCUGGCAAUGAAUGUCUUUGGUACGGAUUAUGCAUUCAAUAAGCUAAGGCAGCCAGUUAAUAAAACCGACUGGGUCACGCACGCACGUCCAGCCAUCGUCAAUGCUUUCUACUCGUCCAUUGAGAAUAGUAUUCAAUUCCCAGCAGGAAUCCUCCAGGGUCAAUUUUUCUCAGCCGAUCGACCUCGAUACAUGAACUAUGGUGCUAUUGGUUUUGUAAUUGGGCACGAAAUCACCCACGGCUUUGAUGACCAGGGACGUCAAUUUGAUUUGGAUGGCAAUCUUGUGGAUUGGUGGGAGCCAGAUACGAAGAAGGCAUACUUGGAGAAGGCGAGCUGUAUUAUUGAUCAAUAUGGAAAUUACACGGAACCAUCAACAUCACUAAAACUCAAUGGAAUCAACACACAAGGAGAAAAUAUUGCGGACAAUGGGGGAAUCAAGGAGUCUUAUCUUGCCUAUCACAAAUGGGUGGAACAUAAUGGUCCGGAACUGAAGUUGCCUGGACUCGAUUACACACCUGAGCAGAUGUUUUGGAUUUCAGCCGCACAGACAUGGUGCUCGGUGUAUCGCCCAGAAUCAAUGAAGAUGAGAAUAACAACGGGUGUUCACUCACCAGCUCAAUUCCGUGUCCUCGGACCGCUGAGCAAUAUGCGAGAUUUUGCUAAAGACUUCAAUUGCCCCGAUGGAUCUCCAAUGAAUCCCACCCACAAAUGUGAAGUGUGGUGAACACAAAUUUCUACGUAAUCCAGUAUAUCGUAAAUGAUAUAUAAUAAAUUAUUUUCUAUUGCUGUAUUACUAUUUUGCUCUGAGAACAAAAAAAAAAGAAGAAAAAUUGCAUCAAAAUGUAAUAUUAAUAAUUGUACUUAAGCAAGGCAGGAAGAGUUUGACUUUAUUGAAAAAAAAAAAAACUGAAAACUUCCAAAAAAAAAGAGUAUUUUUCAAAUGAUCAAAACACCUUUUUAAUAAAGAAUACAAAAGUAGCAUAUUUCGCAGAAAAAUGUAAAAAUUCUGCAUGAAUCAUGAAUAAUUCUGUGAAAAUUAUGUGCUUAAUAAGAAAUUAAUAUUAUAUAAGAGAGAAAUAAAAUGCUACCACAAGUAUUUACCUCUUAA